AUGUUGAAGCUUCAGGAGCAAGGGCUUAUAAGGUGACUAUUCAUGUUUACUACCUCUAUUUUUGUUUCCAGUUUGGAAUUCCAGCACAAUUUUGCCACUGUAGUCUGUUGAUUUGUUAAGGCAGAGAAUACAGAACACAACAAGGAUCAAACAAAUAACAAUGGUGUAAUGGUAAACCGCCAUUACAUUGAGCACAUGGCCUAGAGAGAGUAGGAUUGUGGGAGUGCUAGGCAUGUAAUGCAUGCACACUUUAAUGUUCUAUCAAACAACAUAGUAGCUUUAAUAAGCUCUGUUAUCCUAGCUACUUUUUAAACUGCACUUUUUAACAGCCAAAGUUUAUUUGACUCACCCUCUCUAAUAAUCCCAACCUCCCCCCCACCCCCCCCCCCCAAAAAAAACAGAGUUUUCAUAAUGAAAGUAUGAAAAAUUCUUUGGGAUCAACAGUAGUUAAUGAUUAUUCACAGGUUGCACUUACUCAAAAAAGUUGUAAGAUGAGUUACUGAUUAAAACAACUCUCGCUAAAUCAUGUAUUGGCUGUGCUAAUGAUGCUACUGUUGAAAAACUGAAAGCACAAAAACAAAUUGCCAGAUGCUGCCACUCUACAUGUAGUUUUAAAUAUGGGCUCCCUGUUCUAAUAAACCCCUCUCCAGCAUUAACCCUUUAAGCCCCAAUGUCCACGUACAAAUUCUCCAAACUGAUCUCCUACAUUUCCUUUAAGAAUUACUUGAGAGAAUUUGAUAAAAGAUCAUGGCAUUUUCCCUUUGGUGAUUAUUUUCAUUAAUUCUCAUAACUUUAUCUUUUGACAAUGUAUGGAUAUUGUUAGGAGAAAAUUGUUGUUGGUCACUAUUGGCUCUUAAAGGGUUAAAGCACCUUCCCCUUUUCUUUACAAUGAGUGGAAAAAUAUUAUUAUGGUAUGUUUAAAUACUCCUGACCAAUCUCUUGUCAAUGCAUAGUUUCCCCCUCAAAAAAGGGAGGGGCUUGCCAAUUUCUUUCCCUCUCACAGCAUGUGGUACUUACUGGUACUCAACAAUGGCAGAUUUUGGGAAUGCCCCAUUUGACAUAUUAUUAAAAUGCUAUAUGGAUCAAUAAACAGUUGUAAGUAUUUGUUUUUGUUUUGUUUUGGUUUUUGUUUAAUGAUGGUCAAAAACUGACCCAGAAGUCAGUGAAAAGUCGGGAUAGAGUGAGGGAAUUUUUUGGUUUCUGAUGAGUGGCAACUCUGUAUUAAUAUUUUAAAUAAAGUGAAAUGCAUGAUUUAUACAGUACUUUUCCUUGUUUUAAAUUAGGUCCCUUGGGGUUUCCAACUUUGGUGUUCUUCAUUUAGAGGAGAUGGAAAAGGCAGGACUUCCUACACCAGCUGUCAAUCAAAUUGAGCUCAAUCCUUUUUGGCGAUUAGAUGACAUUGUGAAUCAUUGCAGACAAAAGGGAAUUGCAUUAAUGGGCUACUGCCCACUUUUUCGUGGCAGGAAAAAUAAUGACCCAGUGUUGGUUGAGAUGGCAAGUAGGUAAGGCUCUCAUAGUACUGUAUUUAGUUCACUUAUGUUACCAUGAAAUCUCAGUUCAAAAAGUGGUUUGAAUAUAAUUUCAUACAGUUGAAUCUUCCAUGAGCGUCCACCUAAAAUGCAAAAAUUUAGUGGUCAUUUAAGGGAGAUGGUUGCUUCUCGGCAAAAAGCGAUCCACAGGAGGAAUAGAAUAGGUCCAGACAGAUCUAAAUUUUGGAAUAGAGUUUAUUAUAUGCAAUUCUAAAUUGCGAAUUGUGGCUGUCAUUUAAAGUUCUUUGCAUACUUUGAUUAGUGUAGUGCAUACAGCGAACAUUGAGAUCAAACCAUGCCUCAAGUAGGUUACAGAAGGAUAAAUACAAAACUGCCAAUAUCAUCCAAAAAACUGGUAUUGAGAGGUGCUUCCAACUUUAUUGAUUUGACUAGAAAGAUUUCGGUAUUUUUUUGAAUAGGUGGUGGCACGUGGCGCUUGAUGCAUCAGCUGUAAUAAUAACCACUUACAUUUUGUGAACCUUGGCUUACUUUUGAAUUUCUUCAAGAAGAGUUUCAUUCAUUCAAAUUAGUCCUCAAAAACUCGACUUUGCCUUGUUGUUUUUAUUUUUGUUAGUGUGAAUGUUGUUGUUUUCACCUACUUCAUGCUAGUCUAAACACUGAUUGGUAUUUGUUACAUCACUGACGUCUUAAGUAUUUGAAGAACUCCUAAAGCCGAAUGUCAUGUUCUAUUUUUCCUUUCACGUUUAGGUACAAGAAAACUGUUCCACAGCUUCUCAUUCGUUGGAGUGUACAAAAACAUUAUAUAACUAUCCCCAAGUCAACUCAAAAGGACAGAAUUAUUGAAAAUGUAGACGUUUUUGACUUUGUCAUUACUGAAGAAGAUAUGAAAGUUUUGGUAAGUGUUUCGUGUCACGGACUCACUGGACGCUGUUUUUUUUUUUUUUUUUUUACUCGAAGAAACAGCACCCCUCCUGAAUUUUUCUUUGCUAUUCUAAAGUUUUAGAACUGAGAUUUUGAAAUAAGAGCUUAGUAGCCUCAGAGAACAGUUGACAUUUUGCUACGCCACCACGCGAAAUGACGUCUGAGAAACAAGAACAGAAAUUCCAUACUGUUGACGCGUCAUGUCCCAGAUCUGGGUUGUGCUUCUGAUUGGUUGAAGCAAAUUUCGUCGUGACACGACCAAUCAGAAGCACUAGCCACCUCUGCGUAGUGCAGCGUCAUCAGUAUGGAAUUUCUGCGCUCGCUUCUCAGCCGUCAUUUUCCUGUGGUGGCGUAGCGAAAUGUUAGCUGUUCUCUAAGGCUGAGAUCAUUUGAUACAACAGUUUCAUGUAACCAAGUGAAUUAGCUACCGUGAAAGAACUUGAAGUCUGAUCUAUCCCAUUCAUUACGCUCAUAAACGAUCAGGAUCGCAGUUUACGUUUCUCUUCUAAACCGGGCGGUUAUCCCAGCAACAAAAGUUUUCUUUGUGCCCAAUCCCAGAGUGGGUACAAGUCCGGGGGGUACUCCCUACACAGGGAGGCUCCGUCCAGAAGGGGUACUGUUUUGGGGCUUCAGAAUUAACACAUAGAAAUCUGUAAUUACUUAAAUAGGGAACAAUGACCGCAAUUAGCACAUCAUGUUGGCAAGUAAAUAUACAGUGCGCAGGUAACUAGUUUCCGUUAAGUGAGGUUGACGGUAUAUGAGAGUUUGUCACUCGCGACACAAAAUUGUCUGUUCUCUGUUAUAAAUGGCGUCCGUAAUAAGUGGGUUAAUUUUAGAUAAAAUAUAUGAACGUUUCGUCAGGGAAAACGAAAGUGCCGUUUUAUGCGGUAACGGGUGUCCGUAGAGUGGGAUUUUACUGUAUUUAUUUAUUUAGUUAGUUAAUGACCGUUUUUUUUUUUCACGUUACAGGACAACAUGCCCACUGAGCAGUGUGCUUCGCUGCCUAACAUCACCAACGCACCAUGGAAAGGCUAACUUGACUUUGAAUUAAUUUCUCAAUAUUGAAUUGGCGUUGCAAUAAACGUAAAAGAUAUUAGUAAGCGUAAAUGUCUUAAUCGCAACACAAAUCGUAACAAUUGACGACACUGUUUUUACGACGCCUACUGGAGACUGGACUACCAUUUUAUGUAGUCACCCUAGCCAUGCGAAGGUCUAGCCCCUUGCGGAUCAAAGGAGUACAGCACAUACCUUCGUUUCCCAGUCAUUUUAAUAAAACCUUAAUUAUUGACCCUCGCCUUGGAUGGAACCCACAUAGUACCGCUCUUAUACAUCGCUGUACCGACUGAGCUUAUCCCGUGAAAUUUUACAGUAUUUUCCUGAGCCGAUUGCAUUCAAGAAGCACUUAGGAGUUCUUAAGAACUCGUUUAUCACCGUGCGUUCCAGAUCGAAUUCACUCGAAAAGUGUUGUUUUUUAAGGAUAUGGGAAAACCUGAGUACUGUGGAACCUCGAUUUAACGAAGUGCCAAGGGAC